AUGCACCUAUGCAGAAAAUUUGGAUUCACAAAAUCAAAAAGGUUAAAGACUCACUCUAUCCAAAGCGUAAUUACCAAUGAUCUUGCUGAAUUACGAGUUGACACUACUAUCUCUACCGAAUCAAAAAUUCAAUAUAACAAGCCGGACAUUUUCCUAUACGACAAAAAAUUAAACCACAUAUGGCUAAUAGAGAUUGGAGUGACGUGUGUGGAUAAUUUAAAAGCAGUUGAAGUUGAAAAACUUCAUAAAUAUGAUAUCCUGGCAAGUGAAUUAGAAAUCAUUUACAAAGCCAAAAUCAAAAUACUUCCGAUUGUCAUUACCUGGGAUGCGAUCAGCUCCAAGUAUUUUAAAAUAUACAUGGAUUUGAUUGGCAUUAAAGACAGUGUUCUGGCAUACAUCCAAACGAUUGCAUUAAAGAAGACGUUGGAAGGAAUGUUCGUAGAAUAUAAACAUGGUUUCGAAGACGUAAUGACUUCUCAACAAAGAUUAUGCAGUGUAGAACACUCACCAAAGGGGAGCUAA